AUGUCUUACCCAACCAAGCCUUGCUUUGUCGGCUCUUUCAGGGGCUGGGACAACAAGGCCCUGAAACAUCCCGCUAUGAAAUACUUGAGCGACCUCAACAUUGACUUCUGCGAUACCAAGGCUGCGCAUUCGGGGCCGCAUACCAAGUGGAGCACCCAGGACUGGGAGUUCCAAACUCAAAGUGGGCAGGUCCUUAGAGGAGAGGAGGCUUGGAAGAGGCUCAUUCAUACGACUCGGUUCUAUGACAAGUUUUCAAUGGAGCCCCUCUCCGCUUUUAUCCAGGAUACGGAAGACGGAUAUGACGGCAUAGUGUACGGGAAUCUAUAUACCAACUUUGUGGAGCCGGGAGAGAAGAAGCAUUCGGACAACAAGGGAAUUGAGUGGGAGUUGCAGAUUCCAAGAGCUUAUCGUCUUACCUUCGUGAAGGAUUCUAGCGGGCCAGAAGGCCUGAAACUCAGCAAGCUGGCUAUCGUUGGGGAUGUCAUGGGCACCAUGGCAACAGCAGUUCGCAAGGGGCUGGUUUCACAAGAGAAUGCGUUUGGAUUCUAG